CCUACGCUGCACCUCGGAAGCAUUUCUCCGCUUUUACCUGUCAAGUAACAAUGGAGAGAAGUUGGGUGCAUUGUGAUUGAGAAGGGAAAGAAGAGUUGAUUGACAUCAGCGUUUAUUCCACGAAUUGAUCGAUCGAGCAUUGGAGAUUUGGGACAAUUUUGUUCAUUCUGUGGUUGUGAUCUCACUCUUGUGAAAUAUGACCUAUCUUAAGCUGGGAAAGAAGCAGGCAAUCACGGGGUCAUCAUCUGCUAUACAGUCCAAGAAAUUGGAUGAAUCAUGUUCUCCUUCUGUACCUAUGGAGCCUAGCUGCUCAUCAGUAGCCUCUGGUGAGGUUAAUUUGGAAUCUAAUGCAGCGCAGCCCAAAAGGACCCUUCUACUUCAUAAAAAUGGCAUAGAUGAUCUAUUGGAGUGUCCAAUUUGCAGAGAUUCAAUGUUUCCACCAAUCCAACAGUGUCCCAGUGGCCAUACCCUGUGUUCUGCCUGCAAAAGCAGAGUCAAUAAUAAGUGUCCUAUUUGCAGAAAGGAUAUUGGCAACAUAAGGUGCUUAGCUCUGGAGAAGCUUGCAGUUUCUAUCUGCUUGCCAUGUGCCUACCAUGAGUUUGGAUGCGAACAGAUGCUACCGUAUUACAGCAAGGUUGUGCAUGAAGCACAAUGCUCAUAUAGGCCUUACACAUGCCCUCAUCCAGGCCCCAACUGCCCCUUCAACGGAGCUAUUUCAGCCAUUUUGUCGCAUUUACAAGAUCGCCAUGAAGUCGACGUGCAAAAUGGCUGUACUUUUAAUCAUCGUUAUGUCAAACAAGACCCAUGUUCUGUUGACAAUGUUACAUGGACGCUAACUCUUUUCAGCUGCUUCGGCCAGUACUUCUGCCUGCAUUUUGAAGCGUUCCGGCUUGGAUCUCAGCCAGUCUACAUGGCCUUCCUCACAUUCAUGGGGGACGAAGAUGAAGCCAGAAAGUUUGGUUAUUGCCUCGAGGUUGGAGGUAACGGUCGGAAAAUGAUGUGGCAGGGCGUGCCGCGGAGCAUCCGAACUCACCAUAAGGCGAUCCGCGACAGUUGUGAUGGGCUCAUUGUACAGAGAAGCCUCGCCCUCUAUUUCUCCGGCGGCGACCAGAAAGAGCUGAGACUCAGAGUUACAGGGAGGAUCUGGAAAGAGAUGGAGUAAUGUAGAUGGCUGCUAGUAUACUUGUGGGCUGUACAGUUUAUUCUCAUUUGUCUUAGGCUGCUAUCAUUAGUAGUUGUUACUGCUUAGAAACUUGUUCUUCCCACAUUUACUUAACGUGCAUACCACUCUAUUUUUAUGUAAUUACACUUCUAACACCUAAACCUUACAUUUUACAACCUAUGUAUGAAAAA